AUGGGCGGGUUAUGUACGAAGCCGCAAGUGAAAGAAAUGACACUUGAAGAGCGAAAUGAUCGAACUGUCAAGGGGAUAUUUGACCGCUUUGACAAGGACAAGUCGGGCUAUAUUUCAAAGGAGAAUUUGAAACAGAUCAUUCAAGACGACAAGACAUUCAUGAAUGCUGAUGUGGAGCAUAUUCUAUCUAAAUUUGGAAACAAUGGCAAGAUGAGCUUGGAACAGUUCAAGCAUUGGUGGAACUCUACCUAUACAACCUACAAUGAUGACAAUAUACGGCAAAUAUUGGACGAAUUAGAUGCCGAAGGGGGGCCGGAGGGAGCAGCAGCAGGAGCAGCUGGCAAUCCAACAACACCACCACCCCCACCACCCAAAAUGAGCAAAGUGGAGAGUGUCACCAAAUUGGAAGAGAAUCGGUCAUAA